AUGGCCUCUAGAUCAAGGAUUCAGCCCCUCCUCCGGGCCGCUGCCCGGAGGCAAACACUGCUGAGCGCCGGCAGCCGGCAUCCCGCCAUGCGGCAGAUCUCGGCCCCGGCCGCUACCGCCGCUGCCGCCCGGUGUCUCUCGACCACGGCCGUGAGAUGCGCGCAGGACAAGAAGGAAGUCAAGCUCACUGCUGCCGCCUAUCCGGAUCUGAAGCGGGACUCGCGCUUUGCCGAGGUGACGGAUGCUCACGUCGCCUACUUCAAAGACCUCCUGGGCCCCUCCGGCGUUGUCGAUGGUGUCACCACCGACGCCGCAGACGACCUCGCGGCUUUCAACGAGGACUGGCUGCGCAAGUACCGCGGCCAGUCGCAGCUUGUCCUCAAGCCCGCGUCAACAGAAGAGGUCAGCAAGAUUCUCAAGUACUGCAACGAGCACAAGCUCGCCGUCGUGCCCCAGGGCGGCAACACGGGUCUCGUCGGUGGCUCUGUCCCCGUCUUUGACGAGAUUGUCAUCAACAUGAGCCGCAUGAACCAGAUCCGCUCCUUUGACGACGUCAGCGGCACCCUCGUCGUCGACGCCGGCGUCAUCCUCGAGGUCGCCGACCAGUUCCUGGCCAGCAAGGGCUACAUCUUUCCCCUCGACCUGGGAGCCAAGGGCUCAUGCCACGUCGGCGGCAACGUCGCCACCAACGCGGGCGGUCUGCGUCUGCUCCGCUACGGCAGCCUCCACGGCAACGUGCUCGGUCUCGAGGCCGUCCUCCCUGACGGCACCGUUGUCGACGACCUGUGCACCCUGCGCAAGAACAACACGGGCUACGACCUCAAGCAGCUCUUCAUCGGCGGCGAGGGCACCAUCGGCAUCAUCACCAAGGUCUCCAUCAUCUGCCCGCAGCGCUCCCAGGCCGUCAACGUCGCCUUCUUCGGCCUCGAGUCGUACGAGAAGGCCCAGCAGGCCUUCAAGGCCGCCAAGGGCCAGCUCGGCGAGAUUCUGUCUGCCUUUGAGCUCAUGGACGCCCGCAGCCAGGACCUCGUCCACGCCGUCAGGGGCAACAAGCGGCCUCUGGAGGGCGACCAUCCGUUCUACUGCCUUGUCGAGACCAGUGGUUCUAACGGCGACCACGACUACGAGAAGCUGGAGAAGUUCCUCGAGGACGUCAUGACCAACGAGAUCGUCGAGGACGGCGUGCUCGCGCAGGACGAGACGCAGAGCAAGGCUCUCUGGAGCUGGCGCGAGGGCAUCCCCGAGUGUCUGGGCCACUGGGGCGGCACGUACAAGUACGACGUGUCGAUCCCACUCAAGGAGCUCUACCAGCUCGUCGAGGACACCAAGGUCAAGAUGGAGGCGGCCGGGCUGGUCGGUGACACGGACGAGUUCCCCGCCAUCGGCGUCGUCGGCUACGGCCACAUGGGCGACUCGAACCUGCACCUCAACGUCGCCGUCAGACGGUACGACAAGCGCAUCGAGAAAGUCCUCGAGCCGUUCGUCUACGAGUGGAUCCAGGAGCGCAACGGCAGCAUCAGCGCCGAGCACGGCUUGGGCGUGGCGAAGAAGGCGUUCAUCGGCUACAGCCGAAACGAGAGCAUGGUUGGCCUGAUGAAGCAGAUCAAGAAUCUCUAUGACCCGAAUAUUGCCCAUCAGCCCUGCCUGCCUGGCGUGUGA